AUGCAUUUUUAUCGAGGAUUUCAACAAUUCAAAUAAGUAAAAUUUUUGAAUUAGGUAGUGCUUCGACAUGGUGAAUUUUGAUCAUGUGCCAAAAAUAUAAAUAAAAAUUCAUCCUUUGAUGACUAUAUUUACAAAUAUACUAUUUUAAUCCAAAAUAAAUAUUAUUUUAUGCACUAUUUAAUGUAUCUGCGUUAUGAUAAAAAAUGGAAAACAGAGUGUUACAUAAAUUAUAAUAUUUUCUUAUUAACAUACGAAAUAACAUAGUAUAACUUGAUUUAUGUAUUUUUAUACAUACUCGCUCGUAAAUAAAGUAAGGAUAUAAAAAUUAUAAAAUAAGACGUACCUGUCAUAUUAGACAAAGAUGUGGCUACGUUCGAAAAAUGUUUAUAAUAAAUUUAUGACAAGACAACGGAAGGUUAUUUUAAUUAACCAAAAACAAGUAAGGUUUACUUCAAAAUCUACUAACUCUACAAUUACAAAUUCAGAUGAUUAUCCUCCAAAAGAAGCACAAGUGGUUAUAUGUGGUGGUGGUGUUAUGGGAGGCUCAGUCGCUUAUUAUUUAUCUUUAAUGGGAUUGGGAUCUGAAACCGUUCUUGUAGAAAGCAGCAGAUUGGGAGGUGGUACGACAUGGCAUGCAUCUGGUUUAGUCGGUGCUUUUAAACCAAGUUUAGCACAGGUGAAGUUGGCGCAGGAUAGUAUAGCAUUAUACAAACAUUUAGAAGGAAAAGGUCUUUCUACUGGUUGGAAGCAAUGUGGUAGUCUUUCUUUAGCACGUACAAGAGACCGUAUGACAGCAUUUCGACGAAUGAAAGCUCAAUCUGUAUCACGAAAUAUCGAAUGUUACUUAGUUUCACCAGAAGAAGCUAAACAAUUGUGUCCAUUAUUACGCGUAGAUGAUCUCAUUGGUGGAUUAUGGAUUCCUGGUGAUGGAGUAGGAGAUCCAUAUCAAAUAUGUUUAACAUUGAUUAAAGAAGCUAAAAGCAAUGGUGUUAGAGUUUAUGAAAAUUGCAAAGUCACUAAAAUCAUUAAUGAAGAUAAUCGUAUAAAAGCUGUUGAAACCACACAUGGCACAAUAAAAUGUGAACAUUUUGUAAAUUGUGCUGGAUUUUGGGCACGUAACGUAGGAAAACUAAGUGAGCCAUAUGUAAAGGUACCUCUUCAUCCGGUGGAGCAUUAUUAUUUGCAUACGAAGCCUGUUAAUGGUUUAGAUCCUAUGACACCAGUAAUACGUGAUUUAGAUGGCUACAUUUACUUCAGAGAAAAUAAUGGCUGUAUAUUAGCAGGUGGUUUUGAACCAGUUGCAAAACCAGCAUUUGAAGAUGGGUCCAUACCUGAAAGUACUGAUGACAGAUUUCUGCCUGAAGAUUGGGAUCAUUUUCAUAUUUUAUUAGAAGAAAUGCUUCAUAGAAUCCCAAGUUUAGGAAAUGUAAUUUUAGAAAAAUUGUGCAAUGGUCCUGAAGCGUUUUCUCCAGAUUGUAAAUGGAUCGUUGGAGAAGCUCCAGAAAUACGUAAUUAUUACGUAGCCGCUGGUAUGAAAACAGUUGGUAUAUCAGCUGCUGGUGGAGUCGGCCGUGCUACUGCAGAAUUAAUUGUUAAUGGAUCAACUUCAUUAGAUAUGUACGAAUUAGAUGUUUCUCGUUUUCUUGGUUUACACAAUAAUCGUAAGUUUUUACGUGACCGAGUAAAAGAAGUACCUGGAAUGCAUUAUGCAUUACAAUAUCCUCAUCAUGAAUUUAAAACUGGCAGAAAUUUAAGAAUGUCACCAAUUUAUCCAAAGCUUAGAGAAGCUGGUGCUGUCUUUGGUCAAGUAAUGGGAUAUGAACGACCAUCUUGGUUUCAACACUUUAAUGAAAGUGAUUUAGAUUCAACUGAUAUAUUCCAGAAUUAUAAACUGGCAUAUACAAAUACAUUUAGCAAGCCACCAUGGUUCGAACGAGUUAGUUUGGAGUACGCAACUUGUCGGGAAUCAAUUGGGCUCAGUGAUUAUUCUUCUUUUACUAAAAUCGACUUAUGGUCUAAUGGUAUGGAGGUAGUAGAUUUAUUGCAAUAUUUAUGUUCAAACGACGUUGAUGUACCUGUAGGCAGUAUCAUCCAUACUGGAAUGCAAAAUUAUCGUGGUGGUUAUGAAAAUGAUUGCAGCUUAGCACGAAUUGCACCAAAUCACUAUAUGAUGAUUGCACCAACCAUCCAACAAACACGCUGUAAAUACUGGAUUAGUAGACAUUUGCCAUCUGAUGGCUCUGUUGCUGUAUCUGAUGUGACAUCAGCAUAUACUGCAAUUUGUAUCAUGGGACCUGCUACAAGACAAUUAUUGAGUGAAUUAACUGACACAGAUUUGAAUCCUAAGAACUUCCCAUUUUUCACAUUCAAAGAGUUAGAUGUUGGGCUUGCCAAUGGAAUUCGUACAAUGAAUUUAACACAUACUGGAGAAUUAGGCUAUGUCUUGUAUAUUCCAAACGAAUUCGCACUGCACGUUUACACGAGAUUAAUAGAAGCUGGUGGAAAGUAUGGAAUAAAGCAUGCUGGUUAUUAUGCAACACGAGCAUUAAGAGUGGAAAAAUUUUAUGCAUUCUGGGGCCAGGAUUUAGAUACUUUUACUACUCCUUUGGAAUGUGGUCGCGCAUGGAGAGUAAAAUUUGAUAAAGGAGUUGAUUUCAUAGGACGAGAUGCGCUUUUAAAACAACGUGAAGAAGGAGUGAAACGUAAAUACGUUCAAUUAUUGUUAAAUGAUCAUGACCUUGAAUUUGAUACAUGGUGUUGGGGUGGUGAGCCAAUAUAUCGAAAUGGAAAAUAUUGUGGUAUGACAACCACUACAGGCUACGGUUUUACAUUUAAAAAACAGGUUUGUCUUGGAUUUGUACAAAACUUUGAUUCAAAGGGUCAGCCACAAGAGGUAACAAAUGAAUAUGUAUUGUCAGGCGAUUACGAAGUGGAUGUUGCGGGAAUAAAGUUUCACGCAAAAUGCCACUUGCAUAGUCCAAAUUUACCAACUAAGUUCCCUGAUAAGGAAAGAGAUGCGUAUCACGCGACACGUGAUCAUCAUACUUUGUAAUUUCUUGUAAGCGUAAGCUUUCGAUUUCUGUACAAACAAUGUAUGUAGAAAGUUUAAUAAAUUAUUUAAUAAGUGUCAUUCAUAAA